GCAUAAUAUAAGACUUUGAAAUGAACAGAAGUAACUCUCGUGACAGUAGCUCGCUAGCUUCUUCAGUCGACAGUGAAGAAAUUGAAGCCAGACCAGUCCAGCUUGAUGAGUCUAAUGUGCAACCACCUCUGAGGAGGCAGUCGUUGGUAAGAAGAAUUUCAUCUAGUGCUACUAAUUAUUUCGCUGAUAGCCAUUCAAGCAGACAUAGAAGUAAUCUGAUAGCUUCAUCCAGAAAUUUUAAAGCUAGAAAGUUGAGUUCCCAAGAAAAUGACCCUAUGAAUAUAUAUUAUGAUGAGCUAGAUUCGGAUUUUUUGUUCGGCCAUGAUCAGAUAGGUAAAUCUUUUUCUAGAGUUCCAGAUGAAGAAGAAGAGGCUGAAUCUUUGGGAUCUACCGAUGAUCAAGCAACCCAAGAAGAAUUUCCCCGGAUAUAUGAGGGCUUUGGUGAGAGACGAGAAAGUUCGUUCACAGAGGAUGAAAUAAAUCGUCAACAAUCAAGAACAAGCAGAAGAAAUACAAUUGCUUCUACUAUACAAAGUGUAACAAGAAAAUUGGGUUUCUGGGAUAAAGAUUUCCACCAACACAGAAUAAAUAUUGUAAUAACGUAUUUGAAGAACUAUGCGUUCUUAAUUGUUGGCUUGGUUGUCACUUUGUGUAUAUAUUGGGGAACUUUUUAUGAACGGACUGGUAGAUUUCAUGAUCUUCAUUUUGCUGUGAUCAAUGCAGACAGACAAGUUGGUAGUUUGCCUGGUGCUAUUGGAGAAGUUGUUGAAUAUUUCUUUGUUAAUGUUACUCAGGUUCAGUCUUUAGGAACUUUUGAAAUAAUAGAUUUCGAUACUAUUAAUAAGGCCGCUCUUGAUCAUAAUAAUUCGAUUACAGAAGAAGUCUACCAUCAAAUCCACAUUCAAAAGUACUGGGCUGCUUAUUAUAUCAAGGAAAACUCAACUUUAAGAAUGUACGAGGCUUUAAAAACGGCUUCUGAUCUGGUAUCACCGUCUGAUAGUUUCAUGGAAGUAGUUUAUGAAACUGGUAGAAACUACAAUGCUGUUAACAAUUACGUUAAAAGUAUAGUAGGGAGAACAAAGUUAGCAUUUGACAGUUUUAUUCCUCAAACACCUUAUUUGAAAAGUUUAUUGGGUCAGCUUAAUUCAACUGAGAUUGAAAAUGUUUUAACAAAUGCACCCAACUUAGUCACCACUAAUCCUUCCUUUGUCAAUGUCGAUAGGCUUCCUGUGAAUAACCCAGUGGUACAAGCACCUUUCCAAAUUGGACUCGUGUAUUUGAUGUUGUUUUCCUUCUUUCAGUUUGUCUUCCUGAUCCAAAUCCAUACACUCAUUGCUCAAAGGAUAAAAGGGUUUAAGUACCUUUUAUAUAGAAUGGCUGCUUCUCAUUCUUCAUACGUUGUGUUGUCUUUGGCUUAUGUUGUUUUGAAUGCUGCAUUUGGUAUUACUUUUACUACAACAUUUGGUUACCUGGGCUUUUUAGUCGUCUGGGCUUUUGCAUAUUUAACUAUGGCAUCUUCAGGAGCAUUAAUGGAGGCUCUUGCUUUGGUUAUAUUCAUGCUUAAACCCCAAUUAAUUGGAUUUCUUAUUGUCUUCAUGGUUGUUAUAAACUUGGCUCCAACCGUUUCUCCCAUUGUCCUAUGUCCCAAUUUCUAUAGAUAUGGGUAUGCCAUGCCGAUUUACAAUUCCUAUGAAUUAAUGCAUGUUCCAUAUUUUAAUGCUUAUAAAGGACAUAUGGGACGAAAUAUUGGUAUUUUGAUUGCAUGGAUUGUAAUAUCUACCCUUACCAUGGUUAUAAUCAUGGCCAGGAUCGGGAAAAAAAUGAAAGCUGCUGAAGAACGGUCGGCUCAAGAGAAAGCUGAUCAAGAAAAAGACAAAGCGACUCAAGAUGAAACUAGUCGGGAAGUUGCACAGGAUGAGGCUCUUGGGAAAAAUAACGAAGUUAAUGAUCAUCAUUAGAUUUUUACUUGUUCGAGUUGCUCAUAAUGAGGGCUAAUAGCGUUUAUUAAUACAGAGAUACUCUAUUUAUAAAAUAGCAUUAAAUGUAGUCAAACUUUCAUUUUUCACAAUUUACCCAUGCGCUACCACAUAUACAAGUUCUUUGAAAAACCAUUGUCCACAAUCCGACGUUAGAUGGAACAUCAAAAACUAAAGGAUCAGUUACUGAAGAAACAGAUCUGCAUCUGGUACAUUUU